AUGUGCCAGUUAUCAUCAUCAACCUCUUCUGUCUCCACUUUGUGUGAAAAUAAUAACAACCAAACAAACAUAUCCACAACCAAACUCAAGAAACCUGACAUGUUUACACCAUUGAUCCCUAAAUCCCCAACAUUCAAACAACAAGAAACCCACACAAAAAAUACCCAUUUUUCUCUUGCCAUCAACGAAGCCAAACAUAUUUCAAACAUAGCAUUACCCAUGGUUUUAACAGGCUUAUUAAUGUACUCUCGUUCCAUCAUCUCAAUGCUGUUUCUCGGCCGUGUUGGCGAACUCGCUUUAGCAGGCGGAUCACUUGCUAUAGGGUUCGCCAACAUAACCGGUUACUCCAUUCUCUCUGGUCUUGCCAUGGGAAUGGAGCCUAUUUGCGGUCAGGCUUUCGGUGCCAAAAGAUUCAAACUCCUUGGUCUUACAAUGCAAAGAACAACGAUUCUUCUUCUAGUAACAUCAAUUUUCAUUUCAUUCUUAUGGCUUAACAUGAAGAGAAUUCUGCUUUUAUGUGGCCAACAAGAAGAUAUAGCAACCGUUGCGCAAACAUACAUUCUUUAUUCUCUCCCUGAUCUCGUAGCGCAAUCAUUUCUACACCCUUUGAGAAUCUAUCUUCGAAGCCAAUCCAUAACUCUUCCUUUAACAUACAGUGCUACUCUCUCUAUUCUUCUUCACCUUCCUAUAAACUAUUUUCUUGUUUCUGUCCUCAACUUAGGAAUCAAAGGAAUCGCGAUAGGUUCCGUUUGGACGAAUUUCAACCUCGUUGCUUCGUUGAUUAUUUACAUUUGGGUCUCUGGAACACACAAGAGAACAUGGAAUGGCUUUUCAUCUUCUUGUUUCAAAGGAUGGAAAUCGCUUUUGAAUUUAGCGAUUCCAAGCUGCAUUUCGGUUUGUCUGGAAUGGUGGUGGUACGAAAUCAUGAUUUUAAUUUGCGGUUUAUUGAUCAACCCACAUGCAACUGUUGCAUCUAUGGGUGUUUUGAUUCAAACAACUGCAUUAAUCUACAUUUUUCCUUCUUCGUUGAGUUUCGGCGUUUCGACAAGAGUUGGUAAUGAACUUGGUGCUGAAAAUCCACAGAAAGCAAAACUUGCAGCAAUAGUAGGACUCUGUUUUAGUUUUGUUUUGGGCUUUUCUGCUUUGUUGUUUGCAUUUUCGGUUAGAAACAUUUGGGCUUCAAUGUUCACAAAUGAUCCACAAAUCAUUGCUUUAACAUCAAUGGUGUUACCUAUCAUAGGACUUUGCGAGCUCGGAAACUGUCCACAAACAACGGUUUGUGGCGUUUUGCGAGGGACUGCUCGCCCGAAGUUGGGCGCGAAUAUUAACUUAGGAUGUUUUUAUCUCGUGGGAAUGCCUGUUGCGGUUUGGUUGAGUUUUGUUGCUGGAUUUGAUUUCAAAGGUUUGUGGUUUGGACUUUUGGCUGCUCAAGGUUCUUGUAUGGUCACAAUGUUGUUUGUUUUGUUUCGUACCAAUUGGGAAAAUCAAGUAGAAAGAGCCAAGGAGUUAACAUCUUCGGACUCAAGCCAAGAAGAAGAAGAACAAGAGAAAGGAUUUGUGAGUUCAUGUGACACAAAAGAGUGUUCAAAUUCGUUAGUUUGA